AUGGAUGCAUCUCUUCAGGGAAAAAACGAGCUUUUAUCAAAGUACGCCCAGUAUGUAGAGGACAUCCUGGAAAAACUAACGAUAGUUAACAUUCGAUUGGCUGAGAAUAAGGGAGAGUUAGCUAAAGAGAAAGCAAAAAAUAUGGGAAUAUAUCCGCCAUAUCGAACAAGGUAUCAAUCGUCAGACAACGGUAUUGCUCAGCAAUUUCUAUCGUCUACCGCCAUUGACGCAAAUUGUCUGAACUCAGAAACAACAGAUAAAAAUCCUUUAAAACCUCAGGAAGAAGCCAGCCAAACCACUUCAGAUUUAGAAUCCGCGAAAGUAACUGAAUCUCACUCGGAGUCUCAUAAAAAAAUAAAGGCACAGCGCCUUAAGAAGAAAAUUUAUUCACGGCUUAACUGUGACAUCUGCCGUAAAAGUUUCAAAUCCAAACGGUUGAUCAACAAACAUGCAAAAGAAGAACAUCAAGAAGUUCAUUCGUCAUUUAACUGUGACAUCUGCCAUAAAAGUUUCAAAUCUAAAAAUUCGAUAUACCAACAUUUAAGAGGAGUACACCAAGAAGUUAAUUCGCCCGUGGAUUGUGACGUCUGCCAUAAAAGUUUCAAAUCUAGAAAUUCGAUAUACCAUCAUGUAAAAGGAGCACAUCAAGAAGGAGUACACAGUAGCCUCUACAUCAGAUGUGAUAUCUGUAAAAUAAAAGUUAAAGGGAAACAAGGCCUCAAAGUUCACACAAGAGAAGUGCAUUCUGAAGUACGAUUUAGAUGCAGAGCUUGUUUAAAAAGUUUGAAAUCUGCUCGCUGUUUCCGUGCACACUUCCAGAAAAUACAUAAAGGAGGGAAACAUCUAGAAAUGAUGGGUUUUGCAGAAGAGUAUAUCCCAAAAUCAACUGAUAAAAUGCCAACAUUGGAGCGGCAGAUCUAAUCAGAGGGCAAAGAAAAUACUUUAACAAAAACCCAGAUAAUCUCUAUUUUUAUCUCAUAAAAAGCCUGUCGUUUGUUUAAAAAUAAUGUUAUAAUUCUUCUAUAGAUCGUAAUUUAUUCUAUAGCUAUA